GCAACUGAGGGAAUUCUUUGUGAGGCCUGACGUAAAUCUCAAAUGUUCUCAGGGCUGAAAACAAAACAGCAUGAGUGCUUGCACCGGUCACUGAGGCCUCUUCAAUAGACGCACCUUCAGCCACACAAAGGCGUCGAGGCCUUUUACACCAAACUUCCCGAACAUUCCCCCCUCCUCGUGCUGGUCCCCAAAUCUACACUGUCAAAAGCUGCUGCAGCCGAGGCGAGCCCACUCCCGAUGAAGCCCGAGGUUGUGUUAUUAAACUUUUUUGAUGGGUUGAAGAAGAGAGUCCUUCUGUCGGUCUCAGAGGACUGACGGCCACUGGGAGCUCCCUGGUUGGCUCCUCUGAGUGUAUGGAGCCAGUGUACAUGGUGGCAUGUGGCUGGGAUUAGGAAAUUUCACUGUGGAUUAAAAUCUUUCCAAUGCCUCCAUGGCCACUCGCUGAAAGAAAGGAGUCUGAAGGUCCUGCAGAGAUCCAGUGAGCACUUUGGGCCCAUGGUCUCACGGAGCAGCUCCAGGAUGUUCCAGCUGCUCCAGGGUCACAACCAGCCAGCUGGACAACGAAACCACAGAACCCGCCUGGUCACCAAAGACGGGCACUGCAACAUCGAGUUCGGGAACAUCGAGUACAGUAACCAGUUUGCGUACCUGGUAGACUUUUGGACCACCUUUGUGGAGAUCCGCUGGCGGUUUGUUCUCCUUUUGUUUGUGGCUGUGUUCACAGGCAGCUGGUUCAUUUUCAGCCUGCUGUGGUACUGGAUUGCAAAGAGCAACGGGGAUAUGGCUGGACAGAACCGCACAGAAGGACACAUCCAGUGUAUAGACAACGUUAACGGGCUCACAACGGCAUUCCUGUACUCGUUAGAGACCCAGACCACCAUUGGGUAUGGAGGCAGGGCACUGACUGGCCACUGUGCUGGCACUGUGGCUCUAAUUGUCAUCCAGUCUCUAGUUGGGGUCCUCAUCAACUGUUUCAUGUGUGGUAUCAUCCUAGCUAAAAUCUCCUUACCAAAGAAAAGGGCAAAGACUGUGACCUUCAGCCACACAGCUGUCAUCUGCUUGAAGAAAGGAAGUCUGUGUCUCCUGAUCAGAGUGGCCAACCUUCGAAAGACCUUACUAAUCGGAAGCCAGAUCUAUGGGAAGUUGCUGAGGACAACGACCACACCGGAUGGCGAGACCAUCAUCCUGGACCAGGUGGAUAUUGACUUCAUGGUUGAUGCUGGCAAGGAUAACUUGUUUUUUGUUUGCCCCUUGACCCUGUACCAUGUGAUUAACAGGUCGAGUCCUUUCUUUGAUCUGUCGGCUGACACCCUUCCUCAGCAGGACUUUGAAUUGGUGGUCUUUUUGGAUGGGACAGCGGAGUCCACCAGCUCCUCCUGUCAGGUCCGAACUUCCUACAUUCCACAGGAGAUCCAGUGGGGAUACAGCUUUCUGCCCAUUAUCUCCCGCACCAAGACAGGAAAGUACCGUGUGGAUUUUUCUAACUUUUCCAAGAGCGUCCAGGUCACCACUCCACACUGCGUCCACUGCUUUGAGGCCGACGUAGACCAGAGAAACCACAACAAUCACAGCCAAGAAAAUCACAAUAACCAGCUAAAGAGGGGGAUUGAUAACCCGGGCUUUCAGGUGAUUGACAUACAUGACUCUGUGGACGUCACUACAAUGUGAGCUGGUAGAAAAGGACCCUACGCUUUCAUUGAAACUGUGAAUCGGGAUGUGGGAAGUAAAGUGUGAAAAAUUGGCGCCUAUCACUUCCUUUGAAGCAGUUUCACUCUAAGUCAGACUGCACCAGCGAAGAAAUAUUUGGUCACGGUGAACCAUUCAGCAUCUGAAUUGUUGUCAGCUCUUUUGCCUUAAAC